AUGAGCGACAGGUUUACGAGUGAGCGACAACUCGGUCAGAAAGCCCUCCAGAACUCAUCGCAAGCCUACGAUAAACAGCUGCUUUCGAAAAUUGGCGGCCCGAAUACACCCACACGGACGACUGCACCACCACUCCCCUCUGGCAACUCCCAAGACCCCGCCGCCGAUACACACGCUUCUUCACAUAAGCUCAACGGUCAAUUGAAGCCACUGACUGUACCGGCUACAUCACCUGGCUACAGCGGCUGGCGAAGUCCCGGCUUCGACUCGGCGGAUUCAUACAGAUCACGUUACGGCAGCAUCUCAACGCCAGGUCCUUUGGACGAAACUUCUUCACAACACCGUGGUAGCUACGAUCAUAGCAUAUUUUCGGACCCUGAGUUUGUUGGCAUGGAAGAGAAUGGAAUGCGCGAUUUGAACAUCAACGAGCGCAGCCCUGCCGAGUCAGAGGACUAUCAGUUAGGCCCAAAGGGUGGCCUGAAACGGCGGGCCUCGUCCCCGCCCUUUGAAGCCGCGCGCGAUGACCGUCCCAUUCCGACUGGCCAUAACGACCUCUACCACCCAAAUGCUCGUCAAUCGGAACUGCACAGCUUCGCGUUUUCAGUCAACCCAAAACUCACUGUCCUCCGCUGGGUCCGCAAGCCAACGUAG